UUCUGACUCUUCAGAACUUUAUCUUCAACUCAAUGAUUUUCUUAAGCCGUAUGGAGGAGUUGUGUGUCGUUCAAUAGCUCGUCAGGGGAAGUGAGACAAAGAGUCCUUUAGAAGCAGAGUGCUCUGCUGUGCGUGUCAUUUUUGCAUGUGUGUAUUUGCUUUACUGACGACAGAGGCGCAGGUUCGGGCAGGGUGGGUGUGUGACGCUGUGUGGGUGUGAGGGGAGGUUCCUCAGCUCCAAGCUCUCCGUCAUUCAUACACUCAGGAGGUCCAAACACACACACAAACGCACACAAACACACACCGGGGGAGAGAGGAGACAACGGCAAGAGAUCAGCUGCUGAAGCACGAGGAGAAAAAGAGUGGGAGAAAAAGGAAAACAAGGAAGUGAAAAGAUGACAAUUGGCAAGAACUCCGGGAGAAGCUCCGUCCGGGCGCCAAAGUUCCUCGACAAAUCCACCGGCUUCUACGGUCGCCUCGAUGAGCCCGAGGCCGCCGGACAAGGAGAGGAGGCGAGGGGAGGAGAAGGCGUAGAGGAGGCGUGCAACAGGACGGGGGACAGCGGCCGGGACGGGAGUGUGGUGCACGUCUCCGGGGCAGGUGAGAGGGAGGAGGUCGAGGCGUUUGACCUCGAGGAAGGGAUGAUGGAGGACGACGGGGAGACUCUCCUCCAGAGGAAGCCCAGCCGCCGCAGCGGCAGGUGGAGAAGGAGCUCCAGGAGGAAGCAGAAGGUGGGGAGAGGCGAGGAGGGCGAGAGCCCAGUCGACCCGCCCGCCCCGGAGGACACCAGGGGGAUGGUCCCAGAUGAGAUGGCGGAAGUGAAGGAGACGGAGGAAGAGGAGGAGGAGAAGGCCGGCCGGGGGAAGGAGCCCGAGGUCGUUCACUUCCCGAUUCGGGAGGAUACCGAUGACCAGGUCCUGAUCCGAGACAAGAAGAGGGGGCGAGAAGAGGAAGGAGAGGAGGAGAGGAGGAUGAAGAGGGAACAAGAGGAGGGAAUGAGGGUGGUGAAGAGGAACUCUGUGAGGAAUUACCGCAAGGCCUUGGACCGAGCCUUCCGUCGGGGGUGGGAGGCCUUCAUCGCCAACCUCUACAGCGUCACGCUCACACCUGUGACCUCAUCAUCACCUCCGUCUUCUUCGCCAUCGCUGAAGAAGAAAGUGCAACACAACUCUGUGUUGGCUGAGUUUCAGUAGAUCCCGCGACCUUCAUGGACAAUAAAAUGCACCCUUUCUUGAUGUUGAGUUUUUCGAUGAGGAUGCGCGUCACACGUUAGAGCUCAGAAACCUCAAUUAGUUGUGUAAGUUACUUGUCAUCAUGACGUUUUACUGCCUCGUCUCAUUGUGGUGCACAUUAGUUUAAACUGCAGGGAUUCACGGUUGCUUCUAUGGUGAAGUUCUUUUUUUCGUGACUGAGUUCAGCUGCUUCUCGCUUCUCGUGUCCACCUUCGGAUUAAGCCUUAACAUCUGAGUUCCUCAAAUUUUUUCCACUACCAAGAGUUUAGAGUGCAAAUAAUCUUUGCAUCUUUGGUUUAGCGCUGUGAAACUUCAACGGUGUUGAUGUGCAACCAAAAAGAACAAAAAGGUUUGACUGCAUGAGCAAUGGCUGAUUAGUGGAGUUCGGUGAAGGAGAUUUCUUGCUGCCUGACAGCUAAUCAGUAAAAAGAGUAGAAAAAACACCCCCAUCUGUUUAAAUCUCUUAACGUUGGUAAAAAACAUAAGUUUCCCAGGAACACACAUGAGCAUACAGUUGGCCAGUGUUUGACUUCUUCACUGUGUUCUGAUGAAGGUUAUUUAACCUGAAGGGACAUUCAAGCAGAGUUUCUGCAUGUACGUGUGUGUGUAUGUGUGCCAAUAAGAAAGAGAUAUUUGAUAUUUCCGGGUUUGUAAAUCAGAGUGUGUUUCGAUUGUUACCGUUGAAGAUGCGCAUCUUGCUUGUUAGAGAAGUUUUACUUGCCUAAAACAUCAAUACAAUACAUACGAUUGUGCAAAGAAGACAUUAUAUAAGUGAUUUAAUAUAUUAAUUAUUUUCCCUUGUUACCAUGAACAUAUAAUGUUUACAAGAGUCCUGCUGUAAUUACCUUUCAUCCACUUUAUACACCUUUUGCAAACCAGACUGAAUAUUGUGGUUGUAUAUAAUGAUUAUUUAAAAAUGUCCCUUUUUAAUAAAAAUCCCUUUCUUUCUUAAUCAAAGCAUCCUCUGUCAUGAGACAGUCAAAGAAAGACUUUUAUGAAUGAAUAAAGACUUAAUUUAUUGUACUGGUCGUAUUUUCUGGUAUGGCGUUUAAUGCAGUAUGAAUGGAUCUCUCUGUAUUUUAAUUUGCUGAUGUCUGUUAUUGUUUGGAUGAGUUAGAAUAAAUAAGAUGUAAAAGA